GCUGACCAGCACCAGAAAACAGCCAUUGCAUCUUUUUAAUCAGACAUUUAAUGAUACUUUUUCCUCAGUCUUUGCAUUGUUUUAUUUUUAAAAGUCUAUUAGAAGAGUGCAUGCACAAGACAGAAUCUGCAUGUGGGUACAAUAUUUUACAGUUGUUUAUAUUGUUGUAGACAAGGCAUAAAAUUUUCCUGGGGACCCGAGGAAUUGUUGGAUACCUGACUCCAAUAUACCCUCAGAUAGAAAGUAGGAUGCUCAAGGGCACAUCUGCAUCUUCUGGAGUGGCUGCUUUAUCCCAGCAGGAAGCAACAGAAAUUGUACCAGUAACAGCAGGAGCAUAAUAUUGGAAUCCCAAACAUUGACAUUAUUCCUAUACUGGUAUAAGGCUGGUGCUGAUAAUGCUUGCACCUCUGUUACUUUCACCUAGAUUGCUAAUGAAUUGGAUAAUGGAGGCACCAAUGCAGAUUUGGGGGAUAAGAUCAUCUUUGUUUCCAUCGCCCAGAAGGGGAAGAAUUCCAGGAAGCUAUUCGGAUAGAGAAGCCUUUGGAGAGCUCGGUUGUAUAAUAAUGCCAGAGCAACUUCACUGGCCCCUUCAAAUUCCGUGUUAAAUGUGACACCAUAAUGAGAUGCCAGCAGCAGCAGCAACUUCCAGUGAACUUGCGCCUCUUCCCUCCUCCCCGCCGUCCCUGAAGACUUGUAAAAAAAUAAGGCGGAGUUUGCACGCUAGCGACCCCCACCCCGGAACUUCAACAAUGCUGAUCGGCUGAAUGGAAAGGCGCUGAUCCGUUGGAUGGCUUGGGAAACAAAUCCAGCCCUCACACGCUGACUUCGUUUUGAGCACUGAUCCCUGCCACUGAAUGCACCGCGCAUUGCCAAGCCAGGGAGGAGGGAAGGAGCCGAAGCUGCGAAGGAAACUUUGCUUCUGAAAACCUUCUUUAAUCUUUCGCAUCCGCUGGAAAGCCACAGCCGAUAUAUAUAUGUCGUAUCAUAUAUAUGUAUACACACGCACACAGCCGGUGCACAACCUGCUUGAUUAUCAUUUUAUUAAUUAUGCAUCUGCCUUCAUAUGUGGGUUUUUUUUUAAUAAUGUACAGCGGAAACGGCUUUCCUUGGCUAAACUUUGCUGAUCAAUGGGCCUCUUAUAUCCCUUUAUUUAAACAAACUGUGGUGGACUCCUAAAACACACGCGCGCGCGCACGCACACACGCAAGGGGGGUGAAGAGAAGAAACUUUCCUUCCCUUUCUCGCGCCUUGCACGCUGGCAGCGCACGGUGAAAGACAGAAGUCCUCCUGGAGCGCCCGGGGAAGGCGCUGCAAUUAUUUCUCAGCACCGUUAUUGUCCCCCCCGUCGUCGGCGAGCCCGCUUUUCGCCGCCCUGUUUCCGGAUCCAGGCGGCCCUCGCGGGAGCAAGCAUGCCCUCGCUCUGAUCCCGGUGAACCGUCCGCUCCGUCCAGCCCUACUAUGCUUCGCUUAUCUCGGCAGACAGCAGCUCUAUGGCGAGAGAGGCACGCCGGGCAGGCGCGUGUGUUUUCCUAAGGCUAUCAAGGGAGCAGAUCAGAAGCAGCCCGGAUCCUGACCCUGAUUGUAUGCAUAACUUGCUGAUGUGCAGCCCGACUCCAUCGCCCAGUAGUAGGCGAGGGAGCAGUAACGGGAUCCGGAGCGGCGGGAGGCGAUCGGCAGAAAGGAUUCCCACCACUUGGCUCUACCGCCCAGCCCAGGCGAGAAAAGCCCCCGGCAGCCCUUUGCUGCUGCUGCUGCUGUUGCCGCGGCGGCGGCGGCUGUGGCGGGAGAAUUUCCAAGAGUCGCAGCAGCAGGAACAGCGGCGGCAGGAGCCAGAACCCAGGAAAGUUUGCUUGGCCCUUGACAGAGGCGAGGCAGCGAGCAGGAAGCGGUGAGAGACAGGGCAGGCGAGCGCCACUCUCCUUUGCAACUUCCCUCCUGGCCGAAGAGGAGAAGCCUCCCCAAGUCCACUAUCUCUCUCCUUUCAGCGCCCCCCAAUACCCCCAUGUUUCAUUGGAGUGUGGGGAAGCGCCAGAUCCGGAGCCGAUACCUCCAGCGGAGCCUUUAAAGUGCAGACGAGGAAUUCGCCUGGGAAAUCCAGCGGGGACAGCCGCGAACCUCCUCGCCCGGCACCUCUCCGUCAACCAACCAACCCCAACACACGCGCACGCACCCCUCUCCCCACCGCCCCCGUUUCCUCCAGACGCUCGGCGCCUUCUCGCUGGCCUCUUCGCCGGGGAGGAGAAUGACCAUGCUUUGCUGGAGGAUGGCUCUGUGGCUAGCCGGCGUGACCCUCUGUGGCAAGCUCUCCCGCUGCUCCGGCCUCGAUUACGACUACGCUUACGCCUUGGACGAAGAGGACCAAACGGAGGCGAUCGAUUAUAAGGAUCCUUGCAAAGCCGCUAUCUUUUGGGGAGAUAUUGCCUUAGAUGAUGAAGACUUAAAGAUGCUUCAGAUUGACAGAACAAUUGAUCUUACACAACAUCCGUAUGAAAGACUUGGACAUAAUACAGGUGGCUUUGGAGAGCGUGCAGUGUCAAAAAAAAGUGAUGCCCUCUUUCAGCUUAUAGACAGGAUAAGAAGAUUUGGCUCAGACUUUCAGCAAAAUAAUAUAACAAAGGGAAGAGCAGCUUUAACCUUCUCAGGGAGCUAUGAGAGAAAAAGGUUUCGCAGAGCAGCUACAUCACGCACAGAAAGAAUAUGGCCAGGAGGUGUCAUUCCCUAUGUUAUCGGAGGAAAUUUCACUGGCAGCCAGCGAGCAAUGUUCAAGCAGGCAAUGCGGCACUGGGAAAAAUAUACCUGCGUUACAUUCAUUGAGCGAAGUGAUGAAGAAAGUUACAUUGUGUUUACAUACAGGCCUUGUGGGUGCUGCUCUUAUGUAGGCCGAAGGGGUAAUGGUCCUCAGGCAAUCUCUAUUGGCAAGAACUGUGAUAAAUUUGGAAUUGUUGUUCAUGAGCUGGGACAUGUGAUAGGAUUUUGGCAUGAACACACAAGACCAGACAGAGGUGAUCAUGUAACCAUCAUCAGAGAAAACAUCCAGCCAGGUCAGGAGUACAACUUUUUGAAGAUGGAGCCUGGAGAAGUGAAUUCUCUGGGGGAACCAUAUGAUUUUGAUAGCAUUAUGCACUAUGCCAGGAACACCUUCUCAAGGGGAAUGUUUCUGGACACUAUACUUCCUUCCCGUGAUGAUAAUGGGAUCCGACCAGCGAUUGGUCAGCGCACACGAUUAAGUAAAGGAGAUAUUGCACAAGCAAGAAAGCUUUACAGAUGUCCAGCAUGUGGUGAAACUCUACAAGAAUCUACAGGCAACUUUUCCUCUCCAGGGUUUCCAAAUGGCUAUCCUUCAUACACACACUGCAUAUGGAGAAUUUCAGUGACGCCUGGAGAGAAGAUUGUUUUAAACUUCACUACAAUGGACCUUUAUAAGAGCAGCCUCUGCUGGUAUGACUAUAUUGAAGUACGGGAUGGCUACUGGAGAAAAUCACCUCUGCUUGGCAGAUUCUGUGGUGACAAGCUCCCAGAUGUCCUCACGUCUAGUGACAGCAGAAUGUGGAUAGAGUUCCGUAGCAGCAGUAACUGGGUAGGAAAAGGUUUUGCAGCCGUUUAUGAAGCAAUUUGUGGUGGUGAAAUACACAAGAAUGAAGGCCAGAUCCAGUCUCCUAAUUAUCCUGAUGACUACAGACCAAUGAAGGAAUGUGUGUGGAAAAUAACAGUGUCAGAGAACUACAAUGUUGGAUUAACCUUUCAGGCAUUUGAGAUUGAGAGACACGACAACUGUGCCUAUGAUUACUUGGAAGUACGAGAUGGAACCACUGAAAGCAGUCCUUUGAUAGGCCAUUUUUGUGGCUAUGAUAAACCUGAAGACAUAAGAUCUACCUCUAAUAACCUAUGGAUGAAGUUUGUUUCUGAUGGAACAGUAAACAAAGCAGGGUUUGCUGCUAACUUUUUUAAAGAGGAAGAUGAAUGUGCCAAACCUGACAAUGGUGGAUGUGAACAGCGAUGUGUGAAUACACUGGGCAGCUAUCAAUGUGCUUGUGAUCCAGGUUAUGAGCUUGGGCCUGAUAAGAAGAAUUGUGAAGCUGCUUGUGGAGGACUUUUGACAAAGCUGAAUGGGACUAUAACAACCCCAGGAUGGCCCAAAGAAUAUCCUCCUAAUAAAAAUUGUGUGUGGCAGGUGGUUGCCCCCACCCAGUAUAGAAUCUCAGUGAAGUUUGAAUUUUUUGACUUGGAAGGAAAUGAAGUGUGUAAAUAUGACUAUGUAGAAAUCCGUAGUGGCCUUUCUUCCGAUUCCAAACUGCAUGGCAAAUUUUGUGGUACAGAAGUGCCUGAAGUUAUUACAUCACAAUACAACAACAUGAGAAUCGAGUUCAGGUCGGAUAACACAGUCUCAAAAAAGGGUUUCAAGGCUCACUUCUUCUCAGAUAAGGAUGAAUGUUCUAAAGACAAUGGUGGGUGCCAGCAUGAGUGCAUCAACACUGUAGGAAGCUAUGUAUGCCAGUGUCGUAAUGGAUUUGUGCUACAUGAAAACAAACACGACUGCAAGGAAGCUGAGUGUGAACAGAAGAUCCACAGUCCAAAUGGUAUGAUCACAAGCCCCAACUGGCCUGACAAGUACCCAAGUAGGAAGGAAUGCACGUGGGAAAUCAGUGCCACUCCUGGUCACAGAAUCAAAAUAGUUUUUCUUGAAUUUGAAAUUGAACAACAUCAGGAAUGUGCUUAUGACCAUUUGGAGGUUUUUGAUGGAGAAACUGAGAAGUCACCAAUCCUUGGACGUUUGUGCGGAAAUAAGAUACCAGAUCCCCUUGUUGCCACUGGAAAUAAAAUGUUCAUUCGGUUUAUCUCUGAUGCAUCAGUACAGAGAAAAGGCUUCCAAGCUACACACUCUACAGAGUGUGGCGGUCGUCUGAAAGCUGAGAGCAAGACAAGAGAUCUCUACUCUCAUGCUCAGUUUGGUGAUAACAACUAUCCAGUUCAAGCCGACUGUGAAUGGUUAAUAGUGUCAGACCGUGGCUAUCGAAUAGAAUUAACUUUUCAGACUUUUGAAGUGGAGGAAGAAGCAGACUGUGGUUAUGACUACCUAGAAGUCUUUGAUGGCCAUGAUACAACAGCUCUGAGGCUUGGCCGGUUUUGUGGAUCAGGGCCACAAGAAGAAAUUUAUUCAGCAAGUGAUUCUAUUUUACUUCAUUUUCACACGGACGAUACAAUCAACAAGAAAGGAUUCCAUAUACGAUACAAAAGUAUAAAACAUCAAGACAAUGUUCACACCAAAAAAUAACAGAAGGUCUCUUAGACCACAAAAUGAGACAGAGAGAGUGAUGGUUAUGGAAAGAGGUUGCGUUUUAAAAAACAGACAUUCUUAAUAAGCAAACAUUUUUACACCACGAGUUCAAACUGAAGGAAACCUGAAACAUCUCAGGAACAAACAUUAUGGUGAUAAGGUGUGGUCUCGUGUGGCUGUCUCUGCAACGCUGGCAAAGGAGCAUUGCAUACUUCCAGGGAGACUAAAAGAGCUUUAUUCACAGCUUGACAAAUGUCAUUGUUGCCUGCACACUCAACCAGUUAGAUUCAGGGGAAGUUACCCUGCAGACUUUUGACAAUUGACUGGUGUCCAGGAGGAGGGGAAAUGCCUACCUUCUGCAGGUCAUGCACGCCAAAAUGCUGUCCUUAUAUUUUUCUUAUUUUAAUUGCUUUGGUGGUGUAUCCAGGAUACAAUGAAUACAAAGAAAAGUCAGGAAAGUGGGGAGGGAGAUCUUCUGAGAUCAUUUUAUACUCAUAAUUCAUCUGUCCCAUCCAUAUAAUAAUGUCAUGAAAACUGGAAAACUACAUCUGCAAAUGCAUUGGAUCUUUAGAGAAUUUUGAUUAUAGCAACAUAUUGGAAUGUCUGAAGUGUUUUACAUUCAUCAUAAUUAUGAGUACAUCCAGACUUUGGAGACUAUCAGUUACUGAGAAUACUGAGUUUAUUAUUCCCAAAAGACUCUGUACCUGCUGAUCUCUUAAAUUUUUACACUAAGUUCUUCAUGAAAAUGAGUCUUUUACAAGCAUGCCACCGAAGUUUAUCCAAUAAAUAACAUAAGUAAUCAGGACCAGAAUAAUCAGAAACACCAGUUAUGGAUUUCAUUUCAGCAGUAAUGAGCUGCUAAUCAGCAUGGCCUUUAAAAUGUUUGUGAAUAAUUUAAUUUUAAUUUUUAAUUUUAAUCCAAUAAAAAAUGGGGGGAAAAGUGGUUUCCAAAAGCCAGGUUUCUCAGCAAUUGAAAAAAGGGGGGAGGGUUGUUUUCUGGAAAUAUGACUUUGUGGUGGUAAAGAUCAUUUCUAUGGUGCUAUUCCACGAACAUUAGAAAACAACCACAACGCAAGAUAUUUUAGAACUUUUGAGCCAACAAUCUGCAGAUGAUGAAUGUCUCACUAGGCCUGGUUGCAUCUUAAAAACAGACUUUCGAAGCAUGUGAAAAAGAGAAUUGCAACGGCAGCACUAGCCCUGUGGAAGAACUACUACUAUUGCCUUAGAAUUCUUGCACAUGAUCAUACAGAUCUUUCUGUAGAUACAUCUGAUUUGAUAAAGAACUUGACAAUUUGAAUAUUUUAAAUGUGUGUUCACAAAAGUGAUCCGCAAGUAAAUUCCCAUCUGCAGAGCAAGAUCAUCAAUUGUAAAUACAAUGGACUUCUUUUUGAUGUAGAAAUAUGUUACUUUUAGAAGAAACAAUUGUAUGUGCUUUAGGACAUACAUAGUUUUAGUCACAGUGUAUAUGCAUCAUGUAAGUAUGUAUGAAUGAGUGCUUUCAAAGAGUGAGAAGUGUUGUGUAUGGAUGGACAGGUAAAUUGUAUUUCAUGUGCCAAGUUCAACCAGAUUCUGGACUGACUGUAGCAACUUCCUUUAAAGGUUUCAUAAGCAGGACUUCAAUAAAGAAUCAAGAGCUAAUGAAACGUUACGUUUCAUUUAAAAUAAAUAUUUUGAUAUUAUUUGAUAUUGGUUGCUACUCAGCUUAGUUUUCGUUUCCUUACCACAAGCAUACACUGGCAUUAAUUUUUUUUAAUAAUAAUAAUAAAAUAAAACUAAGCAUGUGUGGA